AAGCGUGAUCGGACACGUCUUUACUUAUACCGUCACCACCGCCCCGAAUUCUUGGUAUUCACAGUAGGGAAUCCAUUGUUACCCUGCUGAAGAAAUGGUCGUCCUAGCAGCCUCAAUAUGCACAAAAGGCGGUAAAGCCGUCGUCUCCCGCCAAUUCCGUGACAUGACGCGAGCCCGAAUCGAAUCUCUCCUCGCCUCGUUCCCAAAACUCAUACCCACAAAUACGCAGCACACCACCGUCGAAACCUCCGAAGUCCGUUAUGUCUACCAGCCGCUCGAGGACCUGUACAUACUUCUCAUCACAAACAAAGCCUCCAAUAUUUUACAAGAUAUCGAGACGCUGCACCUCUUUGCUCGAGUGGUGUCGGAUUUAUGCAGGACGGCCGAUGAGAGGGAGAUCCUCAUCAAGGCUUUUGAUAUCCUGGGUGCAUUUGACGAGAUAGUGAGCUUGGGAUACAAGGAGAAUGUCAACCUCAUGCAAGUCCGGAGUGUGCUGGAGAUGGAAAGUCACGAAGAGAAGAUACAGGAGAUCAUUGCUAGGAACAAAGAGGCGGAAGCCAAGGAAGAGCUCAAGAGACGUGCCAAGCAGCUUGAAAUGCAACGCCGUGAGCAGCAACGUCGUGCAGCUUCUACCGGUGGUAUGAACGCGUAUCUCGGUGGUGGGUCCACUGGGUACUCUCAGGUGCCAAGAUUCGAGGUCUCGGAGACUACACCGUCAAGAAUUACAACCUCGUCUCCUGCACCGAUUUCGUCGCGCGUGCCGGCAUUCAAGAGCUCUGGUAUGAAACUCGGUAGCAAAAAGACGAAACAGGCCGAGCUACUUGACGCACUGGGCGGUGAGGUUCUGGCACCGCCUACGCCUGAGGUAUCUGCGCCAUCGACACCUACAGUAUCCUCUGAGUCUGCCCACCAAAGUGCUGGGAGGGGGAGCCUGCCGGAAGUGGAGGCUGAGAGUGUUCAUAUCGUUAUCAAAGAACAGCUCACUCUUGCGUUGCAUCGUGAUGGAGGCGUACAGUCUAUGGAGCUCAAAGGCGAUAUGAACCUUCAAAUUUCCGACGCCGAGUUUUCCCAUAUCAAAAUUUUGUUGGCGAACCCACAGACGGACUUUGGCGGGCAUCAUCUGCAGUUCAAGCACCAUCCUAAUGUCCUCAAGUUUUCUCCGGGACAACAGGAGCGUGUGGUCGCGUUGAAGGAUUCCAGCAGGGCUUUCCCCUUGCACCAGAGCAUUGGUGUGCUCAAGUGGAGAUAUGCAGGUACCGACGAGAGCAACGUCCCUCUAUCUAUCAACUGCUGGCCCUCACCGAACAAUGAUGGAACAUGCGAAGUUAGUAUCGAGUAUGAUCUCGAAAAUGAAAACGUCUCGCUGUACGAUGUGGUCAUUUCGAUUCCCCUUCCUGAUGGUUCAUAUCCUACCGUCUCAUCACACUCCGGCGAGUGGUCGCUGGAGCCCUCAUCUCACUCUCUGGCGUGGUCUAUUCCCCUCAUCUCUGGCUCAGAUGAUACGAAGACCGGGUCGAUGAUCUUUACUGUUGGGGGCGAUGACACAGGCGCCUUCUUCCCUGUCCAUGUCAGGUUCAUUGGUGAGGGUAGCCUGGCGGGGGUUUCUGUUGCAAGUGUUUCCAAGAUUUCGGGUGAGGAUGUGGUAUAUUCAGUCGACUCGACAGUCACUGCCGAUACGUAUUCUGUUGUGUAGAAAAGUAGACUCUUCUUAAUUUUAUCGGAUAUUGUGCAGAUGUCGUACUCCGUUUUUGGACAUACCAGUUCCCUGAUCCUCUUUUUGCGGUUUCCAUCGUUGCUAAGGUAGCUGAAGCAUACAGUAUGGCAAACAACAAAAACUUGGCACGUUCAUAACCUAUUUUCUCGGAGAGCAUAAUCAUACAGGCUUGCAGUCAGUAAGUUACCGUGGACCUUCAACCCUUGACAUAACUCUAUGUUUGGCCCCUGCGACUCUGUUACCUACAAUGUCACUCUCCUUGUUCUUGAGUCCCUUCAGCUUGCUAUAUAAAGAGA